ACAAGUCUUUCCGCCUCCCCAGCCCGCCUGGGAGCAGAGAGCUGGGAACUGGAUUAUGGUGGCCUGAACAGCCAACGCAGCCGCAGGAGCCCAAAGCCCCUGGCCCUUCCCACGUCGCCGAUCCAUCAAGGGUACCAGGAAAGCAGCUGCUGCCUGUGAUCUGCCAUGCCCGCCCCUCCCAACCCCCCGAGGGGCCCAAGCCCGCUGCUGAGGCUGGCCACCGGCAGCCAGAUGUAGCCGGCUUCUGGAUCCCAGUCUCUCCCCUUCUCUCGUGCUCUGCGGAUUUCUCCGGCCCGCUUUCCACGGCCUGGACCCGGGGACUGGCUGAGGGGCCUGCAGGCUCCGGAAUCCUGAUGCCUCCAAGCUCCCUCUCCUGAGAAGCCACCACCACCAGCACCCAAACUUGGGGGCAGUCAACAGAGACAGACGUGGGCCAGCACGAGCCCAGAGGGCCUGAAGGCCAGGGCCCACCAUGGCCCAUGCCCUGCCCUGGCUCCUGCUGUGGGUGGGCUCAGCAGUGCUGCCUGCCCUCAGCACUCAGCCCGGCAUCCGGCUGCCCCUGCGCAGCGGCCUGGGGGGAGGGCCCCUGGGGCUGCGGCUGCCCCGGGAGACCGAGGAGGAGCCUGAGGAGCCCGGCCCAAGGGGCAGUUUUGUGGACAUGGUGGAUAACCUGAGGGGCAAGUCGGGUCAGGGCUACUACGUGGAGAUGACCGUGGGCAGCCCUCCGCAGACGCUUAACAUCCUCGUGGAUACAGGCAGCAGUAACUUUGCAGUGGGGGCUGCCCCCCAUCCUUUCCUACAUCGUUACUACCAGAGGCAGCUGUCGAGCACAUAUCGGGACCUCCGAAAGGGCGUGUACGUGCCCUACACCCAGGGCAAGUGGGAAGGAGAGCUGGGCACUGACCUAGUGAGCAUCCCCCAUGGCCCCAACGUCACUGUGCGUGCCAACAUUGCUGCCAUCACUGAAUCAGACAAGUUCUUCAUCAACGGCUCCAACUGGGAGGGCAUCCUGGGGCUGGCCUAUGCUGAGAUCGCCAGGCCCGACGACUCCCUGGAGCCCUUCUUUGACUCUCUGGUAAAGCAGACACACGUUCCCAACCUCUUCUCCCUGCAGCUCUGUGGCGCUGGCUUCCCCCUCAACCAGUCCGAAGUGUUAGCCUCAGUUGGAGGGAGUAUGAUCAUUGGGGGUAUUGACCACUCUUUAUACACGGGAAGUCUCUGGUACACACCCAUCCGGCGGGAGUGGUAUUAUGAGGUGAUCAUUGUGCGGGUGGAGAUCAAUGGACAAGAUCUGAAAAUGGACUGCAAGGAGUACAACUACGACAAGAGCAUCGUGGACAGUGGCACCACCAACCUUCGUUUGCCCAAGAAAGUGUUUGAAGCUGCAGUCAAGUCCAUCAAGGCAGCCUCCUCGACGGAGAAGUUCCCAGACGGUUUCUGGCUAGGAGAACAGCUGGUGUGCUGGCAAGCAGGCACCACCCCCUGGAACAUUUUCCCAGUCAUCUCACUCUACCUAAUGGGUGAGGUCACCAAUCAGUCCUUCCGCAUCACCAUCCUUCCACAGCAAUACCUGCGGCCAGUGGAAGACGUGGCCACAUCCCAAGACGAUUGUUACAAGUUUGCCAUCUCACAGUCCUCCACAGGCACUGUUAUGGGAGCUGUUAUCAUGGAGGGCUUCUACGUUGUCUUUGAUCGAGCCCGAAAACGAAUCGGCUUUGCUGUCAGCACUUGCCAUGUGCAUGAUGAGUUCAGGACAGCAGCGGUGGAAGGCCCUUUUGUCACCCCGGACAUGGAAGACUGUGGCUACAACAUUCCACAGACAGAUGAAUCAACGCUCAUGACCAUAGCCUAUGUCAUGGCUGCCAUCUGCGCCCUCUUCAUGCUGCCACUCUGCCUCAUGGUGUGUCAGUGGCGCUGCCUCCGCUGCCUGCGCCAUCAGCACGAUGACUUUGCUGAUGACAUCUCCCUGCUGAAGUGAGGAGGCCCAUGGCAGAAAACAGAGAUUCCCCUGGACCACAUCUGGGUGGUUCACUUUGGUCACAAGGAGGAGACACAGAUGGCACCUGUGGCCAGAGCACCUCAGGACCCUCACCCACCCACCAAAUGCCUCUGCCUUGACAGAAAAGAAGGAAAAGCAGGCAAGGUGGGUUACAGGCACUGCACCUGUAGGAAAAAGGAGAGGGAAGAAAAAAGCACUCUGGUGGCGGGAAUACUCUUGGUCACCUCAAACUUGAGUUGGAAAUUUCUGCUGCUUGAAACUUUAGCCCUGAACCUUCACCCACCAUCCCUUCAGAUUCUCCAACCCACAGUACUCUUCUUUUCUUAGUUCCAGAAGUACUGGUAUCAUGCCCAGGUUACCCCAGUGUGUGUGUCCCUGUGCUACCCUAGCAGAGAAAGGGCCAAUCUCGUUUCCCUGCUGGCCGAAGCCAGUAGGAGAAGGUGCACAGUUUGCUUUUUGCUUUAGAGAUAGGGACUGUAUGAACAAGCCUAACACUGGUGCAAAGGUUGCCUCUUGAAUUAAACAAAAAAUAAUUAGAUUGAAUGUUUGUACAAAUGGGGGUGGUUGGAAAGAGGAGAACGAGAAGGAGUACAGAGAGAGAGAACAGUUGGGAUCAAAGCUAGGAAAGGCAGAAACAUAACCACUUGCCAGUCCGUUUUAGACCUCAUCUCUAAGACAGAAUUCCAUCUCGUAAGAUGGGUGUUGUUUCCCAAUGUUUGCAUUUCUGCAGUUGAAGCCUGACCAAAAGUGAGAUAGGAAGAAAGGGCUUAUCUAGCCAAAGAGCUCUUUUUAGCUCUCUUAAAUGAAAAGUGCCCACUAAGAAGUUCCAUUUAACAAAGAAUUUCUAUCUUAUUAAUUCCACUUGUCUCUACCCAAACACUUUAUUCUAUAAAUGAUAGGGAGUGCUGAAAUAUCCCAAUCCUCUAAGCCCCAGGUGCCCUAUGGGAGAGCAAUUGGAUAGCAGGGCUGGGCUCUGCCUUUCUAGUUCACUGGUUCACUCCUUCCCCCAAAUCCCUAUUCCUCUAAAGCUUUGCAGCUGAGGUGCUAGAAGGAAUAGACAGGAGACCUCUCCUACCCAAUCCUUGAAAGCCUGAAGAAUCCUGAAGAUUCAUUCAUGUAUAGGGUUGACGCUCCCUAUACCUCUGCCUGGAUUUCUUCCUGUUCAGCUGCAAGGAGUGGUGAAGAUCUUUACAUAAUAGAUAUAGAGCAGUUUCAUUGCCUUCUCACCCUCUCUAAUGGCCCCUCCAUUUAUUCGACUAAGGCAUCACACAGUGGCAUUAGUAUUAUACUAAGAGGGUCGGAAACACAGGGCUUUCUGGUUCUAACAUCAUUGCAUUUGGUAUCAAGGUUGCCUGGAGAAAGGAUGGCAGCGUCAGGGCUUCCUUAUUUCUGUCACCACAAUAGCCACUUGAUGGAGGCCAUCUUUUUUCCCUAUACUGCUCUCUAAUCUCCACUCCUAAUAGUACAUGGAUACCCAGGCUGGUUCUUGGGCUAGGUAGUGGGGACCAUUACCUCCCUAUCAGUUCUAACACAGUAGACUAUGGUACCAGUGUUGGUGGGAAGAGCUGAACUUUCGUGGUAUACCCACUGGCCACAUCCUAUUUCUAUCUGGUCAACACAAUGCUUCCAGGUAUGGGAUGUGCCGAGUGUGGAAUCACCUGAUAAGGGAGAGGGAUAUACAAGGAAGUCCUCUGGAGUUCUUGGCCUCUGCCAGCUGCCCACAAGCCAUAAACCAAUAAAACAAAUACUGAGUCAGUUUU